AUGUCUUCCUUCACUCCUGCCCCCUCAGAUGAAAUCGCAAUCGCUACUAUCCGUGCACUAGCUGCAGAUAUCGUAACUAGAGCCAACUCUGGUCAUCCAGGUGCUCCGAUGGGGAUGGCACCAGUCGCCCAUAUUCUUUUUACACGAUUCAUCAACGCCAACCCAAACCACUCCAAGUGGAUCAACAGAGAUCGAUUUGUUUUGUCGAAUGGACACGCAUGCGCCCUUCAAUAUCUUUUGUUGCAUCUCUUGGGAUAUCAGUUAUCCAUGGACGACCUCAAAUCGUUUCGUCAACUCGGAUCCAAGACCCCUGGUCAUCCCGAAGCAGGCCAUACUGAUGGCAUCGAAGUGACCACUGGUCCGUUAGGACAAGGUUUCGCUAAUGGUGUUGGUUUGGCGAUCGCUCAAGCCCACCUUGCUGCAGUCUACAACAAGGAAGAAUUUGAGCUCAUCAACAACUACACUUACGUUUUCUGCGGCGAUGGCUGUUUGAUGGAGGGCGUUUCUAGUGAGGCUGCCAGUAUUGCCGGGCAUCUUCAACUCGGGAAUUUAAUUGUGAUCUAUGAUGACAACCACAUUUCUAUCGAUGGUGACACCGCUGUUGCUUUCACGGAGAACGUAGAACAGCGUUUCAACGCUUAUAAAUGGCAGGUUCUCCAUGUCGACAAUGGUGAUAGCGAUCUUCCCGCCAUCUACAAUGCCAUCCAUACCGCUCGUCAGGAGAAGAACAAGCCUACCAUUAUCCGCCUCCACACGACGAUUGGUUUCGGUUCUAAGCUCGAGGGCACUCACGGAGUGCACGGUUCUCCUCUCAAACCCGACGACAUUUCUGCUUUGAAAACCAAAUUCGGACUCCCUGCAGACCAGUCCUUCCAUGUACCACAGGAGACUUACGACGCGUACGCUGCAGUCGGGGCCCGAGGUAGUACUCUCGAAGCCGAAUGGAACAAACUCCUGGAUGCCUACGGCCAGAAAUACCCCAACGAACACGCUGAAUUCACUCGACGAAUCCGUGGAGAACUUCCACCUGGUUGGGAAAAGACACUGCCAGUUUACAAACCUUCCGACCCCGCCGUCGCAUCAAGAAAACUAUCGGAAAUUGUGCUCUCUUCUAUUUCGGGCGUUCUUCCCGAGUUGAUUGGUGGUUCUGCCGAUUUGACGGGAAGUAAUUUGACUAGGGUUAAGUCCGCGGUUGAUUUUCAGCAUCCCAGCACCGGUUUGGGUACUUAUGCUGGUACUUAUAUUCGUUACGGAGUUCGUGAACAUGGUAUGGGUGCCGUGGCCAACGGUAUUUCUGCGUAUGGUGGUUUCAUUCCGUUCGUUGCUACAUUCUUGAACUUCGUCUCAUACGCUGCAGGUGCAGUCAGACUUUCUGCUUUGAGUGGUCAUCAGGUCAUUUGGGUCGCCACCCACGACAGCAUCGGUUUGGGUGAAGACGGGCCUACUCACCAGCCUAUCGAAACCGCCAUUCACCUCCGAUCCAUUCCCAACCUCGCGUUCUGGCGCCCAGCUGACGGAAAUGAAACCUCUGCAGCAUACUAUUACGCUCUCACCACAAAAACGACACCCAGUGUUCUUUCCCUCUCACGCCAAAACCUGCCCAACCUCGAAAACUCUACGAUGGAACACGCGCUCAAAGGAGGCUACGUUCUGCACGACGAGGAGAAUGAAGAACUUACGAUCGUCAGUGCUGGUAGUGAAGUACCGAUAGCUGUUGAGGCGGCUGGUAAAUUGAAGGCGGCUGGAAUUAAGACUCGGGUUGUUAGUAUCCCUUGCUCGCAUGUGUUUGACCGACAGUCUGCAGAAUACAAGCUCAGCGUUCUGCGAAGCGGUGCGCCUAUUCUUUCGCUUGAAGCUCUUUCGACUGCUGGUUGGCAAAAGUACAGUCAUGAGCAAUACGGUCUUGACGGGUGGGGUGCUUCUGGUCCUUACCUCAAGGUAUACUCUAAGUUCGGAAUCACUGGUGACAAUAUCGCGCAAGUCGGAAGGAAGGUUGUCGAUUUCUACAAGAACAGGGGCGGUGAUGUUAUUUCGCCGCUUGUCAAGGCUUUCUAAAGGAUCCGGUUACUCCUUUGCAGAGGUUAGAAGAAGAAUACUAAAUUAGAUAGAAUUGUAAAUUACUGGC